AUGCCGUCUAUUGUAAGCGUAUCUCGACAGCGAAGAUGGCCUGCUGGAACGGUCAAUGGCUCUCAACCCCCACCAUCGUCUCUCAUUGCUACGCAUCUUGCUCCCACCAACGGCUCUACCAUACCACAUUUUGACCCUAGUGAUUUUGCUCUCCUUCUUCAAGAAUCUCUCGGGUCAGACGACGAUGGCCAGCCGAACCUAGGUACUGACGUGACGCUCAAUCACAAGUUGAUUUGUGUAAUCAUCAAAGCAGGAAUAGAUACGAUUGAUUUGGGAAGUAAUGAUCCUUUUCGCCAAGACAACGAGUGUCAUGAUCAAAUCCAGAAAUGCCUGGAGGUCUUUGAUCUGGCGGUAGAAAGAACUCCUGAGGCACUUUUCCUAUCAUCAAAACCAGAAGAUCUUGGCUCAGGAGCUGAGAAUGUUCCUUUGUUCAUCUGGUUUAUUCCUAAAGUGCUAUCCCUUUUAGUUCUGGACCACACAGAAUCGAAGCUGAUAGCGGGAAUCGUUUGGCCACUUCUCGGCAAGAUUCUCUCCGCAGCCAAGCAGUGUUCGAACAAUUUUGACUUGUGUAUUUCUGUUUCGAGCUAUAUGGAAGAACUAAUUGGAGGACUCCUUUCGCACUUUGAGCGCGUUGACAUCUCCGACGGGCGGUCUCAGAAAUCUUCCUCUAUGGCUACACUCGAUCUAACCGAGCUCCUCACAAGUAGCUUAGCGACAACCAACCUACGUGAUGGCAGAUUUCCUGGUGCUUUAUGUCUUGGAACCGUCCCGCAAGGCAUUGAUACCACAUGCAGGCUUCUUAGGCUCCUGGUAAACUCGGUGUUCAGCAGAUCAACAAUGAGUGUAACAGCUAUGAAGCGUUGCGUCUUCUCGAUCAUCGAUCAAUAUCAGCGGCUCUGGAAAGUUCUCAUGAGAGUCUUAGAUGGCUAUUCAGAGGCUGAAAAUCAGUCAUCGAAGCUGGUUGAGUACGUUUUCCAGGGCAUGCAAGAUCUUGUGAUGUAUUUGGUCCAGCCUCUGGGUCAACGCUCCGCAAGCUCUUUCAAUAUUCUGACCAACGAGAUCAUUUCCGUCCUUGACAUUACUAUCAAAAUUUCCACCCAGAUUCCAGGGUUUGCCUCUACAGUUUGCGAAACGGUACAAUCUACAGUGAAGAGAAUGGCUGACGAGGAGAACGUGGUCACUGUUGUCUACGCAAAGAUUCAGGCCUCGCUUUCACAGCUUCGGAGCCUGGCAACGCAGGAUGAUCAUGCGCACCUGACUGAUGGGUUGGCAACUUCCCAGAACCAGCCCGAACACGACACCUUGUCCUGGCCUGAUGAGGGCAGGCCUCGCAAGCGACUGCGGCUUUCGUCGGCCGAGCAUCAUUUGCCUCCAGUCAGCCAAGGACAACAGCUCUGCCGACAGUUGAACUCCUUGGUAGGUGGAAAAGAUACCGCUGAGAUUCAUGAACUCGAAAAGACAGCCCCCGACAAGUUUCAAUCGUUGACUGAAGUGGAUCGGUCUCGUGUUUUCGAGCUCCUUGGUCAGAUCGCUUGCGGGAAUAGCCGUCUAUCCCAUUCUAAUAGUAGUAUACCUGUGUCAUAUCCAACUUGCUCGAUUUGUGACCUUGAUAUCAAGACCAAUAUGGCACAACUGAUCUCUGGAGAUGAACCCGAUACGCUCAUUCAGAUAUUUGCGGCUCUUAUUCCGCUCGUUCAGCGGUCAGCAAAGGUAAGGGUGGUAGCUAUGUUAGCUCUGAGACGUCUUCUUGCCCACACAUCUUCCCCAACAAAUCUGGACAUCUCAAAUUGCGGAGUGGGAGAGUGGUGUCUGCAGUCACUUCGAAGUUCUUCACGAGAAUUACGUAUUGCUGCUGCUGUUACGCUUAAAUUUUUUUUGGCGCCCAUUUCACAGGUUGGGUAUCAGCUGGUCCAUAAAAAUAGGGUGACGACCCUGGACUUCCUUCAUUCUCUGUGGUUAAGAAAUGUACCGUCUCUUCAGGAAACAACGAUUCUUGCUCUGUCCGAGGUCGCUGCUGUUGGUGGAGACGAGGAGCUCAACAUUGUUUUGGUGCGAUUCGUUGAGUUUCUUGGCCAUCCGAAUCUUUACAUCAGUGGCCUUGUCUUCGCGCAGCUACAAAAGCUUGCUCGAAAUAUGAAGCUGACUCCGGGGAGUCUGCUGAAACCAUUCUGGCGAACGAUAGCUGUUGUUGUUGUCAAAAGUAUCCAGACUCGGCCGAUUAUCGCACAAUCGUUAUGUGACUUCUUAGGCGCGGACAUGAAUGUGGAUGUUCUUCUCAUGUUCAUAGAGGAGUACGCAUUACCAUAUCUUGUACUGACACGCAAGCAAGAUCUCGUGCUACGGAUUGCUUUAGCUCAUGGUCAAACCAUGUCACCUUUUGACUUGUGUACGAAGAGCAACAAUUUUGCUGCUAUACUGUCGUAUCUUCUGGCACAGUCUGGCGUGGAAGCAGAAAAUCUGGUCAUGUCACUUCUUCUAGAUACUUCACCAGAGUUUAGGCAGCGGGACAUCUCAGCAUGGGCAAAGCUAGAGCCUAUACUCGUUGCCUGCGAACUUUUGAAGUCUAUCGUCGAUGCAGGUGGUGAGCGCAGCUCGAAGGCGUAUCACGGUCUGCAGCUGCUAGCAAAGUUGGAUUUGAGAAGAGGUACGAUGUCGAGUGGGCUAAAAAAAGGUGAAGUUGUCGCCACGUUUCUUGAAAAUCAUGUCCUGGGCAUCAUUACCCAGUUCACGGCCACAUUCAACGAUUUGCAAUCACGACAGCCAAAUCUUGAAAAGCGCAGAUGCUUGGCAGCGAUUGGGGAGCUACUCAGGCUUGGGCAGCAUCGAAUGUCUAGUGCUUUACCGCAAAUCUGCGCAUGUUUGCGCUCUGCCAUGGAGAACAGAGAACUUUGUGAUAAAGCGUUCGAAUCUUGGGCGUUGAUGAUGAAUCACAUUCCACAGAAUGAUAUUGAACCUUUAAUAGAUCAGACACUUGCGGUCAUCGUGCGCAACUGGAACGUCUUCCAAGACUCUACGCAGCAUGCCGCUCAUGAUCUUAUUGCAAAGAUAUGGGAUGACCAUAAAGACUCAGUACUGGCGAUUCUGGACUCAAUGCCGUCUCUGUCUUCGGUACCUUUGCUGUCCCGAUUCGAGUCCGACAUUAGCGAUUCAAAGAAACAGAUGAACCACCGUCGACAAAUGAUUGCCUUUUCGCGCCGUCUGCUCUCUGAAAACGUAGCGCUGGUUGAGCAAGCUCUGAAAGAAUUGGUGGAAACACUCGGGAACGGCCAAGAAUGGCUUCACCAAUCAUUGCUGCAUGAGCAACCAGAACCUGUAGUUACUGAACUGAUUCGCUCGGUUCUUGAUUGCUGUGUCAGAUUCAAUUCUGAUUCUGCUAUUGCAGGGGCCUGCGGCAAGGCCUUAGGCAAGAUAGGGUGCCUCGACCCGAAUCGAAUCGAGACUGUCAAGGACAGGCGUACCGUAAUGGCAAUAUCGAAUUUUGGUCGAGCAGACGAAACAGUGGACUUCAUCAUGUUCUUCCUUGAGGAAGUCCUAGUGAAAGCCUUUCUCUGUGCCCCAAACACCCGAGCUCAAGGCUUUCUUGCCUGGGCUAUGCAAGAGCUUUUGAAAAUCUGUGGACUAGAAGAAACGGUAGGGCUUCGUCCCCGAACAGCCUUGAAUGCUGGCAAAUACAGAGGCUGGUGGGAUCUGGACGAGAGUGUGCGGAAUACUCUCACUCCCUUCCUGAACUCCCGUUACUGUGUGAACGUGGCGAUGAUGGAAACUCGAUGCUCUUAUCCCCUAUUCAGCUCCAAAGAGAUGAGCCAUAAGGAUUGGCUUCAAAGUAUUGUUCUGGAUCUGCUGACCAGGGCCCCUGGUGAUAACAUUCAGCUGAUCUUCACAAUUUGCCUUCGCAUAAUACGUUUUCAAGAUAUCUCAAUCCCAAUAUUUCUCUUGCCGUAUGCAGCACUUAAUCUGUUUGUGGCCGGAUCCGAGAAACAAAAGGAGGAGAAGCAAAACCUUCUCAACGAGAUGAUUGCAAUUCUAAGGCAACCUCUCUCGGGCAGCCAGCAACACAGAGAGAACAUAAAGCUAUGCAGCCAACGCGUUUUCGAUAUCCUUGAUUACAUGUCAAAGUGGCUGCAACAGAGAAGAAAGCAAUUUCAGGCCGCUGUGGCUCAUAACGAACGUGGAACCGCGGAUCCUGCCACAGAAAUUGUCCAAGCUCAAACUCGCAACAUUGAAAAUAUUCUGCAAGAGAUACCUCCUGACCUGAUUUCCAGCCGCGCUAUUGAAUGUAGGUCAUACUCCAGAGCUCUGUUUCAUUGGGAACAAUACAUAAGAAAGAUGACUGAACAGGAGGGAGAGUCGGACGACCUCUUAGCACGCCUUCAGGAGAUUUACACUCAGAUUGACGAGCCAGAUGGCAUUGAAGGUAUAUCAGCGCAAAUGCAUACCCUCAACAUCGACCAGCAGAUCUUAGAGCAACAAAAGGCAGGGAAUUGGACAGCAGCUCAAAAUUGGUAUGAGAUACAGCUGCAGGAGCGGCCUGACGAUGGCACGGUGCAGGUGAACCUGUUAACUUGCUUGAAGGAGACUGGUCAAAGUGAUGCGCUUCUGAAUCAAUUUGACACCUUCAACAAGACCCAUUCAUUUGCUCAUGUUGUUCCAUUCGCCGUCGAGGCUGCUUGGACGAAUAACAACUGGGCAAAGCUCAAUCAAAUCGUUGACGAAGCAGCAAAUAGGAGUAAUGAUUUCAAUGUUGGUAUUGGGCGAAUUCUGCAGGCGCUGCACCAGAAAGAUCACCACCAGGCUGUAAAUAUUGUUGCAGAGCUUCGUCUUGCCAAUGCUUCGAGUCUGACUUCGACAUCUGCAUCAUCUUUGCAAUCUUGUCAUGACAUUCUGCUUCGUCUUCAUGUCCUUGAUGACUUGGAAUCAAUCGUAUCUGCCUCGGAAGACAAUGGCCCGAUCGUGCUCACCAAUCUUGACCGGCGGAUCGAAGCCAUUGGCGCGGACGUAUCCACCAAGCAAUAUUUACUCAGUCUGCGACGCGCAGCGAUAGCUCUGUCGCCCUACUUUAAUGAUCUCGAUGUUGCAUCUGGCUGGCUGGCUACCGCAAAACUUGCCCGAAAGAGCUCCUUGUCAAAUCAGUCUUUCAAUGCCAUACUCCGCGCAACUGCACUCGGAGAUGAGUCGGCCACGAUUGAGCAUGCAAAGUUGAUGUGGAGAGACGGCUUCCAUCGGAAGGCGAUCCAUAGCCUGGAAGGUGCUAUAGAUUCAAGCGUAUUUCUUUCGCACAAUUUUGAUGCUGAGGACAUGUCGCUGACCUCGGAUCAAAUUCAUAAGCAAAAUGUUGUGAUAGCCAAAGCUCAUUUGAUGCUUGCGAAGUGGCUAGACUCCGCUGGUCAGACUCAAUCCGAGGUCAUCAAGAGGCAAUACCGGAAGGCUACAGAGUUCCACAAGAGGUGGGACAAAGGUUGGUACUACUUGGGAAAGCACUACAAUAAAAUCCUGGAUUCCGAGAAAGCAAAGCCCGUGGGCAAAGAAGCCCAGAGCUAUCUGACUGGAGAAGCAUCCAAGCUGGUAAUCGAAAACUAUUUACGUGCUCUUGGGUUCGGAAGCAAGUAUGUAUUCCAGGCGCUGCCCAAAGUACUCACAUUGUGGCUGGAACUUGUUGCAAUUGCGGAGCAGCCGCAGGAUGCACGGCGCGGCAAUGAGAAAUUCACGGCUCAUAUGACGGCUCAAAGGAAGAAGGUAGUUGAAGAUACGAAUGCUCAGGUCAAGAAAUACGUCGAGCGGCUACAGCCUGUAAUGCUGUACACCAUACUUUCGCAAGUUGUCGCUCGUAUUGGCCAUUCUAAUAAGACGGUUACGGAAAUCCUUAUUGGCAUCGUGGUUAAGGUCCUGAAAGCAUUUCCGCAGCAAGCUAUCUGGACAGUAUUAGCAUUGGCAAAAUCGUCUUCAAAGGAGCGCGCCAGUCGCGGCAUCAGCAUACUUGUCAAGGUCAUCGAGGUUCAGAAAAGAUCUGGCAGAGAUGCAUCCACAGCAGAAUUGAGGAAAGUGAUCGAGCAAGGACAAAGGCUUUCUGAUGAACUCCUGCGUAUCGCUGACCAUGAAUUAAAAGAUGCGAAAGGGACUCAUGUGAGCCUCUCUAAAGAGCUAAAGUUCAACCACAAGCUCGCCCCAUGCAGGCUGGUGGUGCCCAUUGAAGCAUGUCUCAUCCCGAGCAUGCCGAACAGUCAAGAUGCGUGGCCGCCGAAGAACUUUCGUGCCUUUUCCAGAGAGCCUGUUACCAUUGCUGCAGUCCUUGAUGACGCCUUAGUCCUCUCAUCGUUGCAAAAGCCGCGAAAGUUGAGCAUUCGCGGAUCAGAUGGAAAGCUUUACGCAGUCCUAGCGAAACCGAAGGACGACUUGCGUAAAGACCAGCGUCUCAUGGAGUUCAACACAAUGAUCAAUCGCUUUCUGAAACGUGAUGUCGAGGCCUCUAAACGCCGUCUCUAUAUUCGUACAUAUGCGGUAGUACCCUUGAACGAGGAAUGUGGUCUGAUCGAGUGGGUCAACAAUCUCAAGACCUUUCGCGACAUCCUCAUCCGAUUGUACAAAGAGCGAGGGAUCAACCCGAACUAUGCGCAGAUCCGUGCCCUCCUGGAUGAAGCCAGCAAUUGCGCACCAGACAAGACAGCCGAGCUCUUCGAAUCCAGAAUCCUCACCAUGUUCCCCACUCUCUUCCAUGACUGGUUUGUGGAGACUUUUCCCGACCCAAGCGCUUGGUUCGCCGCUCGAAUUCGAUACACCCGUUCUUGCGCGGUCAUGUCUAUGGUUGGUCAUGUUCUAGGACUGGGAGACCGGCACGGCGAGAACAUCCUCUUUGAGGAAGACAACGGUGGCACCCUUCACGUCGACUUCAACUGUCUCUUUGACAAAGGCCUAACCUUUGAGAAACCAGAGAUGGUUCCAUUCCGCCUCACAAAUAACAUGGUCGACGCCUUUGGCGCCUAUGGCUACGACGGCCCAUUCCGCCGUUGUUGUGAGAUCACGCUGACACUUCUCCGUGGCAAUGAGGAUGCACUGAUGACGAUUCUGGAGACGUUCCUGUAUGAUCCAACGACCGAUUUUAUUGGGGGAAAGAAAAAGAGGACGCAUCCGAAUGUGCCGAAUACGCCGCAAGAGGUGCUGGAAGGGGUAAGGAGUAAGACGAGGGGGAUGUUAGAUGGUGAGAGUGUGCCUUUGAGUGUGGGCGGAUAUGUAGAGGAGAUGAUCAAACGAGCUACGGAUCGAAAUCUGCUGGCUAGGAUGUAUAUUGGGUGGUGUGCGUUCUUUUGA